CUCGAGAGAUCAUUUUAUCGCGUGCACGGCGUCAGGACGUUUUAACGCUCUGCUAUCUAAAUGAUUUGGGACAUUAAAAGAGAGUUUAUCUAGGUGAAUUUGGAAUAAUUUUCGUUUCUCUGUAUAUGCAAGGACACUCAUUACUUGUAAAUGAUGUAAUAUAGUAAGAUUAUGUGAAUUAAAAAAUAUUCUGAAGAUCACCUUUCAUGUUGAUCAUACAGAAGAAAGAAUAUCACUAUUCUGGACAUUAACACUGUUAGAAUGAAGCACCAAGUAAUAAUCAUGUGGAGCCUUGUUGUAGUGUUGCUCUUAAAUGUGGUGAUUGUCAAAUCCCAGACGGGACAGUUUAAAUUUACUGAGGACGUUUACAAGGCAUCUAUAGACGAGACCAGUAAAACAUCUCUAUACAUAACAUCAGAGAGUAAGAUGGGCAUUUAUGUAACUGAUUUACAAUUGGCUACAAAAAUUGCCUACACAAUCAUGGGAGAAGAAUCAAAAACUUUCAAAGCCGACAACGCUCGGCAAGUUGGAGAUUUUGUAUUUCUACGAAUCCACCCUAAAACCACACUGAAUAGGGAACGGAGGCCUUCGUGGGUUUUGCGUGUUAAAGCACGAGCAACAGAUAAAUCUGGCACGUUGUUGGAGGCAGAAACUAGGAUUAUGCUUACGAUUGAAGACAUCAAUGAUUUAAGACCCAUCUUCCAUGGAUCAUCAGAGCCACUGAACAUCCGCGAGGACACACCGGUACAGACAACUAUCUACACAGUACAGGCUAGUGAUGCUGACUCUGGGACAAAUGCGGAUAUUUACUAUAAAUUCUUGGAUGACACAGACUACUUUGUCAUCCAUCCAACCAGUGGUGGAAUUUCUCUAACAAGACCUUUAAGACCGCAUCGGGAGAAGGCAGAGUAUUCGCUAUUAAUUGUCGCACAAGACCGAGGAGGAACUCUUGCUCCGAGCAAGACCAGUACAACUUCAAUCAAUAUUAAAAUUUUAGAAGUCAAUUAUUUUCCUCCCACCAUUAAAGUUGACUCUCUAGAAAUAUUAACUCUGGACUCUCGAAAGGAAAAAGUGAUAGCAGUUGUCACUGUUAGUGAUGACGAUCUUGGAGAUAAUGGUGGAAUCAAAUCCGUACUUUUGACCGGUGAAUAUAGUGAUUAUUUCAAUAUCAACAAAGAUGAUGAAUCUGAAAGCACCUAUCAAAUAUCAAUUGGAAAAGAGUUUCCAAGUGAUAUGCCAUUGAUUUUCACUCUUUCUGUUGUAGCCACAGAUACUGGAGAUCCCCCUAAAAGUUCCUCAAAGAAGAUAACAGUUGAACGAAGCAAUGGAAAAAUUAAGUACUUUGGAAAAAAAUUGUUUGAUAUUACAGUAUCUGAACUGAUUCCAAUGGAUGCGCCAAUUUUCACAGUUGCUUCAGAACAGGUUCUUUCUGAUGUGAAAACACGUCCAGAAUAUAACAUUGUGGCUGGAAACAAGCGUGGUUCCUUUAAGAUUAACCCUUCAAAUGGAUAUCUGUCGGCAGCUAAAACACUGAAUCGCGAACGAAUUCCCAACUUCAAUCUUACAAUUCGUGCUUCCAAUCAUCCAUCCCACCAAACAUAUGUCAGUAUAAAAAUAUUAGAUGAGAAUGACAACUAUCCAGUUUUUAAACAAAAUAGAUAUCAAACAACGGUACAAGAGAAUCUUCCUGCAAAUUCCCCUGUUAUCCGUGUAUCUGCGACUGAUGAUGACAACGGCGAUAAUGGAUUUGUAUCAUACAGCAUAGCAAAUCUUGAAUCAGUCCCAUUUGAAAUUGAUUCAUUUUCUGGUCAGAUAAACACUACAAUGGUAUUGGAUUAUGAAGUUAUGAGAAAAGAGUUCCGUCUUCAUAUAAGAGCAUCUGAUUGGGGUUCCCCCUUUCGACGUGAAACAGAAGUUGAUGUGAUCAUUUCACUGCAGGGAACAAAUGACAACAAGCCAAUGUUUGAGAAGGCCUAUUGCAGUGGUACAAUUUCACGCGAUAUUCGUAGUGGAAAUCAGGUUGGUGUCUUUUCCGCCAUCGAUUUUGAUAGUGAUCCAGUAACUUACACUAUUGCCAGAGGCAAUGUUGGUGAAUUAUUUGCAAUAGAUAGAACGACUGGAACUUUGAAGUUGAAACGAGAUAUUCAAAAUUCAGAUCCCUCUCUUUACAACCUUAAGUUGAUGGCAUCUGAUGCACCAGGGUCAGCUGGGUACCUCUGGGUAAACAUGUCAAUUAUAAAUGGUCGAAAUGCGAACAGAAACGAGCGUAGGAAAAAUGCUAAGAUCAAUUGCGAAUCAUCCGAUGCGCUUACUAAACACACUGACAUGAUUUCAAAGUCAACUAAAGCUAAUGAAGAGAUUGUUGAGCCUAAUAACGAGUUUACGGAGCGGUUUGGCCGUAACGAAUUCACACCAGAAUUUGAUGAGCAGUUUCCAAGCACAUUUGAUGUGCUUGAAAAUACACCAAAAGGGAGCACAAUUGUGAUUGUCAAGGCUCGUGACAGAGACCCUGGUUUUAAUGGAAAGUUAAUUUAUGCAAUUUCUUCGGGAAAUGAAGACUUUCCGUUUCAUUUGGAUCAUAAUACUGGCGUGCUUAGUGUGUUGACGCCACCUGACAGGGAACGCACUGGAACAUACGAUCUGUCAGUUACAGUCACUGAUCUUGGUAAGGAAGCGAAAACUAAAAAGAAAGAUAUCAGAAUUAACAUAGUUGAUGUUAAUGAUAACAGCCCCACAUUCGUUACAGAGGACUACUCCGAGAAACUUUAUGAGAACGUUGAUAUCGGUGAAAUAUUUUUGCGCGUUUCUGCAAAUGAUCCUGAUGCUGGCAGCAAUGGGGAAAUUCGAUACAGCAUUCAGACUGACAAUGAUAACUUUCUGAUUGAUACCACCAAUGGAGACAUUUCUGUAGCAUCGGAAUUAGAUCGUGAAUCCAUUCCCAUCCAUGAACUAAGGGUUGUUGCGACGGAUUCAUCAGAAAGUGCUCCUCUAUCGAGUACCGUCACUGUUACGGUAACUCUACAGGAUGUUAAUGAUAACGCACCACGAUGCAUACCUCCAAAUUACUUUGUCAGGAUGCUGGAAGAUUUACCGUCUCGUGUUUUAGUUAUUGAUGUAGAGGCGAUUGAUGAAGAUGAAGGAAAAAAUGGUGACGUUACAUACUCUUUGAAGAAAGGUGGAGAUGACAAGUUCGUCAUUGAUCCGUUAAUGGGGACAAUUCGAUUGGCCGACAGGUUAGAUUAUGAAACCCAGCAAGUUUACAGUUUACUUGUUGAGGUGAAGGAUGGUGGUUCACCUCGCAAGAAAGCAACAUGUAGCGUGCAAGUAGAAGUUAUCGACGUGAAUGAAAAUGUGCAUGCGCCAUCGUUCGGCAAUCGUUUUUAUGUGAAUGGUUCCGUGGAAGAAAAUGUACCAAUAAAUACAUACGUGAUGCAAGUAACAGCAGAUGAUCAGGAUAGUGGCAGAGAUGGAGAGGUUACAUAUUCUAUCCGAAAUGGAAGUGGUCUUGGUCGAUUCACAAUUGAUUCAGAAGGUAUUAUACGCACGGCAAGCCCUUUGGAUCGUGAAUCCGCAACACACUAUUGGCUUACCAUCUAUGCACAGGACAAAGGAGCUGUACCUCUCCACACCACUAUCGAAGCAUAUAUUGAAAUUCUUGAUGUUAACGACAAUAGUCCCCAACCCACGGAACCGGUAUACUACGCUGAGGUCGCUGAAAAAAGCCCGGUCGGUCGUUCAGUUGUCCAAGUGAAGGCUAAAGAUCUUGACUCGUCUUCAAGUCAACAGCUUUUAUUUUCAAUACAGAAUAUUUGGGACGCGAAUAAUAAUGAAGUAUCUAAUGUGUUUGCGAUCGAUGAAAGUACAGGUGUUAUAUCUACACUCAGUGAUGACUUGGAUAGAGAAGAAACCGAUGGAUAUAGCCUAGAGGUUUUGAUAACCGAUAAUGGUACACCACCGAUGAGCACGGUAGCUAUGGUGAUAAUCACGGUCACCGAUCUGAACGACAACAAGCCGCGGUUCAAGAAGAAUUAUUACACGCCUAAGAUUCCUGUUAAGGACAGAACAUCAGAAGCCAUGCCAAUUUUCAGAGUUUACGCUACAGACAAUGAUGCUGGCCUUAACGCGGAAUUGAGUUACUUCAUAACUCAGGGCAACGAUAAUCAACGAUUCUCGCUGGAUGCAAAGACAGGAAUACUAUCAACGCGCAGAUCUUUAUCUGCUUCCGCAGAUUAUCCCCUUCUUUCCUUGGAAGUACUGGACACAGGAACUCCGAAGCAGAAGAGAGGGACUGCAAAGAUUUCAUUGACAGUUUUUGAUCCUCCGAGAAAUUCACCUAAUCCCCCACAAUUCCUGGAUGCGGGAUUGACUGUAGUUAAUAUUCAAGAGACGCUAAGAGUAGGUGGUCUGAUUGAGGUGGUCAACGCAAUCGAUAUUGAUAGGGACAUUUUAUUUUAUCAGAUUGCAGAUGGUGAUCCAACUCGUACGUUCUUUAUUGAUCCAAACGAAGGCAUUAUUCAAUUAGCAUUACCUUUGGAUUGGGAAGUAAAAGCACAUUAUGAUCUGAAUAUAAGUGUUACCGAUGGCACUCACACUGUAUAUAAACAAUUACUUGUGAAUGUCCUGGAUUCUAAUGAUAAUGCCCCAGUUUUUGAUAAAACAGAAUACGAAGUCACCAUCUCGGAAAACGCGCCUGUCGACCCUAGCAUAAGUAUUUUGACAGUGCGAGCAACAGAUCAGGACUCAGCAAGACGUCUAUCGUAUGAAUUAUUAAAUAACACAGACUCCGCCAGGGAAGGUCUUUUUAAGGUAGAUGGCCUUACUGGGACUAUAACUGUUGCGAAGAGGCUCGACCACGAAAACCGAAAGCAGCACACGCUGAAUAUAAUGGCGAAGGAUCACGGUAUCCCCACAAAGAAAAAUUACACGCGCGUGGUAAUUAAUGUGACGGAUUUCAACGACCACGCACCGGCGUGUGCUCCUGAGGGAUUCGAAGGACGUGUGUACGAGAGUGCCGCGCCGUACACUCGUAUCUUGCAGGUUACCGCUGUUGAUUUAGACAAAGGAAAGAAUGCAGAGCUUUCAUAUAGUAUUGAGAGUGGUAAUCCUGAUAAUGAUUUUUUAAUAUCUAGCGGUGGAUAUAUCUCAGUCAGCUCCGAACUGGACCGCAACAAAAAAUCAUUUUACCAGUUGGUAGUCAGAGUUAAAGACCAUGGUACUCCGAUGAAAAGCUGCACCUGUAAUGUUAAUAUUACAGUGACCGUCUCCAAUAAUGCUCCACCGAAGUUCCUUGUUGAUGAAUACAUGGUAAAUGUUUAUGAAAACAUGCCGGCACGCAAAUCGGUUGUUGUCAUCCAAGCUGAAAGUCUGUCAUCAGUCGUCUACGAAAUUAUAAGCGGUAACGUAGCAAAUGAUUUUGAGGUCAACCCCAGCACAGGAGUUGUCUCAACUCUGGUUCCCUUGGAUUACGAAGAACAAACCAUAUACAGCCUUACCGUGCAGGCUACCAAUAUGGUUGGUCUUUCAGCUACGGUCUCUGUUGUCGUUCACGUGGAGGAUGUCAAUGAUAACGUGCCAGAGUUUCUCUAUAAUCUUUAUCAGGGUAAUAUCACUGAAUCAAAGCCUCCAAACAGCCCUGUUCUUGACAGCCUUGGUCGACCUCUUGUGAUAAGUGCCGAAGAUGAUGACAGUGACCACAAUGCUCAUCUGAUGUACCAGAUCAUCGAGAUUGAGGCUCAAAAAUACUUUACAAUCGACUCAAACACCGGAGCUAUAAGGUCAAAGGUUAAGCUGGAUCAUGAACAGAGAAACCAAUUCAAGUUCACUGUCCAAGUGAGGGACAGUGGGGAACCACAGUUGCAGUCAAUCAAUCCGGUUGAUGUACUGGUCACCAUUGUUGACAUCAAUGACUCUCCACCUCUGUUUGAUAAAGACGUCUACAGCACCAUUCUGAUUCUUCCAACUUACAAAGAUGUUGCGGUGGUCACUGUUCAUGCUACAGAUGCAGACACUGCCAGUAUCACCAACCUUGAAUACUCCAUUACAGCUGGUGACCCAGAGCGAAGGUUUUCCAUCCAUCCUGUUUCUGGCGUUAUUACCGUCAUAAACUCAACCAACCUGAUGAGGAAUUAUGUACUCACAGUAACGGUCUCGGAUGGUAUGAACAAAGGUACUGCAGAAGUACAGAUAUCUGUUCAACAGGCACAAGAAUCCGAGCUGAGGUUUGCACAGAAUAGCUACUCUGCGACUGUGAUGGAAAACGACCCAACAAUACAGCGCAUCGCACUUGUGUCAGCUGUCGGAAAUGCACUAAAUGAGCCUCUUGAAUACCGCAUUCUGAACCCGGACAAAAGGUUCAACAUCUCCAGAACUUCUGGUAUUCUUCGGACUACAGGAAUACCAUUUGAUAGGGAAACAAAGAAGGAGUAUAAUAUCGUAGUCGAAGUCAGAAACACCAGAGUCGAUGAACGUAGAGCGCAUGUUCUAGUUAAUGUUAAGGUGCUCGACGAGAAUGAUAAUGCGCCGAUGUUUGUACAUUUGGACUACAAAGCUGUGGUACAAGUUGAAGCAGAAGUCGGAAGCAUUGUCCGCACAGUUCUUGCUAUCGAUCGUGACAUAGGCAAGAAUGGAGAAGUUAAGUAUUCCCUGGUUGAGGGCGGUGACAACAGAUUUAACAUCAACUCAACAAGUGGAGAGAUUAUGCUUGUUAAGAAGCUUGAUCCAAGUAACCAAAACGAGGACUUCAUUUUGAAGAUCAAAGCUAGUGACAAAGGUAAUAACAAACAUAGUAAAGUGGUUGAUGUACCCAUCAGCGUGAUCAACAAGGCGAUGCCAGUGUUUGACCGCCCUCAGUAUACUAAGACCAUUCCCGAAAACAUUCAACUGCAUACGGCCAUUCUGCACAUCCAAGCUACAAGCCCAGAUGGACGUAAAGUUAUAUACAGUAUUAGUGCAGGCGAUGAUUAUAACCAGUUUGUUAUUACAAAUAAAACAGGUGCAUUAAAAGUGGUUGGCGCCAUGGACUACGAGACAACUCAAGAAUAUCGGCUUUCUGUCCGUGCCAGUGACACACUGACCCGUGCUUAUGCUGAGGUUUUGGUGGUAAUUACCGUAGAAGAUAUCAACGAUAUUGCCCCAUUAUUUGAUGCUCCAGUCUACACGAGAACCCUCUCCGAAGCAGUGGCUGUUGGAACAUCGGUGGCCAACGUACUUGCUUUGGACUACGAUUCUGGCACUAACGGACAAGUGUCAUACCAUAUUGUUGAAGAUGGUAGUAUGACAGACAGUUUUUACAUAGACUCUCACAGCGGUUCAAUUCUCACGUCAAGAGUGCUGGAUUACGAGUCUAUCCAGAACCACAAUUUCCUCGUAAGAGCAGUAGACGGUGGCAUGCCUCAACUUAGUAGCGUAACUCGCAUCAACGUGAAGAUAACAGAUCUGAAUGAUAACCCACCAGUGUUCACAAAGCCUGCCUAUGAGGCGACCAUCAGUGAGUUAGCCGGCAAGGGAGCAUUCGUCUGUGUUGUGUCUGCCACCGACCGUGAUAUAACUGAUACGGAAAAGCUUACCUACACCAUAAUAUCUGGAAAUGAAGAAAUGAAUUUUUAUAUUGGAAGUAGAACAGGUAUUAUCUCGGUCACUAACACUCGUCAGCCGAAUUUAAAUGCGGACAAAACAUACAUCUUGAAUAUAUCCGUCUCGGAUACAGUCUUCACCAACAACGCGUAUGUUAUUGUAAACGUUGAUGGCACUAACCAAUUUGCACCAACCUUUACAAGGUUUGAGUACAGUGUCUCGCUUGAUGAGAAUCAACCAAUCGGAACGUCUGUUAUACAGGUUUCGGCCACAGAUGACGAUGAGGGGACUGGAGGACGCAUUUCCUAUUCAAUCAUAGGGGAAGAUAUGAGAAGUAAAUUCAUAAUUGACACAAGAACUGGUGAAAUUUCGACUGCCAGCAUUUUUGACCGUGAAGACCCAAGCGAACGCACUAUGACCAUUCCCAUCAUGGCCAUUGAUGAGGGUCAUCGCGCGUCCUUCAGUUCAGUCAAGGUCAUCUUAGAAGACAAGAACGACAACGCACCUACAUUUGAAGUUGAAAAAUAUGAAGCGUAUAUCUAUGCAGACAUAAACGUUGGAGAUCAAGUUUUGCAGGUUUAUGCAUCUGAUGCGGAUAAGGACCAGAAUGCAAAGAUUACUUAUUCCAUCUUUGCUGGAAUGGAUGAUGUAGUUACAGAACUGUUUGAAAUCAACCCUGUCGAUGGAUCAAUACUCCUUAAAUCGUCCAUCAGAGGCAAAGAAACGAACUUAUUCCAGUUCUUUGUGAAAGCUGUAGACGGCGGUAAUAGCCCAUUAGGAGGCGACGCGCAGGUUGAGAUCUAUGUCAUGAACCAAGAAGAUGCCUUGCCAGCAUUUGUGGACAUCAUACCACAAUUCAGCGUUAUGGAGGACGCACAAGUAGGCAGCGUCGUAGGUGUCGUCACAGCUAUUCACAAUGAAACUCUUGUAUACAGUGUCGUUCCGGGCAACCUCAUCCGGACUAAUAACAAGAGUAAGUUUAGCAUAAAUGAUGAAGGAGAGGUUCUGGUGAAUAGUCCAUUGGACUAUGAGACUUGUUCGUGGUACACUCUGACCAUCAAAGCAGCCACCGAUACCGACCCCUCGCUUGCUUCGUUCAAGGAGGUGCGUGUAGAUGUGCAAGACGUGAACGACAAUGCACCCAGGUUUGAGAGCAGUAGUUACGAUAUCAAGAUACCUGAGAAUGCCCCGGUCGGUUACUCCGUACUUAGAGUCCAUGCCUACGACAAAGAUACGACCAGUCAAAUUGAGUAUAGCUUAUCGUCAUUACAGAGCAACGACGUGUCUGCCAUAUUUUCAAUCGACAGAAAGACUGGAUGGAUAACAACAAGCAGUAAGCUGGAUCGAGAAGCGACCUCAAGUUAUGUGUUCGCUGUGAUUGCUCAGCAUGUAAUGGAUGAAGAUGAUGAAGAGGGUGCCAAUGUCCGUUCAACUAAUACCAGAGUCACGGUUCACGUUAUGGAUGUUAACGACAGCCCACCACGCUUCACAUCUGCAAUAGAGCCUGUUACUGUACCGGAAGACAUUGAGCCCCCAUUCGUAAUUAUUCGUGUCUCAGCCAGUGAUGCUGAUUAUAUGGCGAAUGCAAUGAUUACGUACCAUAUUGCAGGAGGUGACCCCUUUGGUCAAUUCCACAUCGACAACACCACAGGAAAGAUCUCCACAACAAAAAAACUGGAUCGUGAAUUCAAGUCAAAAUACACCCUUAACAUCAAGGCGACUGAUGGUGUGUUUUUUGAUACCACGAAUGUGACUGUUCUUGUAGGAGAUGUCAACGAUAAUGCUCCUGUUUGUCUCCAGAUGCUGUAUUCAGAGUUAGUUAACGAGAAUCUGGGGGUAAGCAGCUAUAUCGUUGAGGUCUUGGCGUCAGAUGCCGAUGCAAAGGACAAUUCCGGAAUCACCUUCACCCUGUUUGGAGAGGGGGCUGAAGAUUUUGAGAUCCAUCCGGAAUCAGGUAUUUUAAGAACCGCUGCCUUGUUGGAUCGUGAAACAAAGAGUACGUACCAGCUGAAAGUGAAUGCCACCGAUGGCGGUGACCUGAGUUGUACAUCGGACGUUCUGAUUGGUCUAGUUGAUGACAACGACAACCCACCUGUCUUUGAGCCCACCAUCAUUACGGAAGCGUUUAGUGAGAACACACCCACUGGAUCUCUACUCACCAGAGUUCAAGCCAUCGAUCCUGAUGAAGGAACUAAUCGUCAAUUUAGUUACUCCUUUGUUGAUUCAGCUGGAGGUAUGUUCGGCAUUGAUCGCAAGCUAGGAAUAAUCUCGCUACUAAAGGCAUUGGACCGGGAACUCAAAGACACAUAUAACUUGACAAUACGAGCCACAGACAUGCAUAAGAAUGAGCUGUCCUCUGUUGCGUAUUUGAUAGUAAAGGUUUUGGAUGAAGAUGAUAAUGCUCCGAUAUUUGAAUACGAAAACUACUAUGUGAACGUUAGUGAGGAUGUGGACAUCGGUGUGAGCAUCGCUCAAGUCCUUGCAACAAGCGAGGACAUCGAGGAGAUUACAUAUUCAAUCACCGGUGGAAAUGAACUCGGCAAAUUUAACAUAGACACCAAUACCGGUUUGAUUUCUGUGGUUGACACGCUGAACUUUGAAACGGUGCAGGAUUUCAUUCUGACUGUGCAAGCUUCGGACAAUGGUCAGCAGCAGCAGACCGAUAUCUCGACCAUUAACAUUAAAAUUCUAGACGCCAACGAUAACAAACCGGAAUUCAGUAAACAGAUAUACAAUGCGGUGAUCAACGAAGCGGCUCAAGUCGGUGAUAGUAUUAUACAGAUAAUGGCAACAGACAAAGAUGCAGGUGAUUUUGGUAAAGUGUUGUACAGGAUAGUACGCCAAUAUGAAGAAGGUGAACCCAAGUUUGAGAUAAAUCAAAGGGAUGGUUUGAUAAGCUUAGCAGCACCUCUAGACAGGGAAGAGAUGGAGUCAUAUACUCUGACUGUCCGUGCCAUUGAUGGAGGAAGCCCUUCUAUGUUCACCGAUGUCUCGGUACAGGUGUUGAUCACUGACAUCAAUGACAACAAACCACGCUUCUCCAACAACAAUUACACCAUUGUUAUCCAACAGGAAACAUUCCCAGUAUCUACUUUAAAAACACUUGAGGUCACUGACCCUGAUUCUCUGACCAAUGGUCCGCCAUUUACAUUCGAAAUCACUCAAGGCAAUGAUGAAGGUCUCUUUGGAAUUAGGCCUACUGACUCUGGAUCAUCUGGAUUGUUUCAGGCGGUGAAGCAUAUCAGCCAAAAGGAUCCACGAACAAUUGAUGUCGUUGUCAGAGCCACUGACAGCGGAACUCCAAGCCUGUGGGCAGAAACAUAUGUAAGCGUGAUCAUAACAGAGUCCACACACCCACCGGUGCCUGUAACACCGCUGCAGAUAACUAUCAAUAGCUUCCCGGAGUAUUUCCCUGCCGGAUUCAUCGGAAAGUUACAUGCUGAUGAUCUUGACAGCCAUGAUGAACUGGAGUAUGGUUUUGUAUCUGAAACUGAGCAGUUUACGAUUCAGGAUGAUAGCGGAAAGAUCUUCAUACAACCUGCACCACAGGAUGACCACUAUGAACUGAAUGUCAGUAUAUCAGAUCACAAGUUCACUAGCUUUGCUGAUGUGUUUGUUGAUGUUGUUUUUAUCUCGCAGGAGAUGCUGGACAAUGCUCUGGUGAUCACAGUCCGAGGAGUCUCCCCUGAGGACUUCUUGUUUGAUUAUUAUGCAAUCUUUAAGCAUUCCCUCGCUGGAACAUUCAUCUCCUCUGAUCAACCUGUGGAUGCCAGUAACAUCCAAGUGAUCACAAUCCAGGAAUCAAGACCAGGCUCUGAGGAUAUUGAUAUAAUAUUCGCCGUACAGCACGCCACCAAGGAGGAUACGUAUCUACGCCCUAAGCCGCUUAUUCGGCUGAUCAACAGCAGCAAGACGAGCCUUGGAGACCGCGUGGGAAUUGAGGUUGUAUCUGCAUCUUCGGAUGCAUGCCAACUGAAUACUUGUUCUAAGAAUGCUCGUUGCAAGAGCAAACUGGUGCAGGAUGCGAUUAGACCAGCCACAGUCAUGUCUACGAGGAUGAGUUUGGUGUCUGUAAGAAUGGAGUGGAAAAUAGAAUGUAUUUGUAAGGAGGAAGGUGAAUGUGGACCUCCUGCCCCAAUUGCUCCCGCAUUGAGCUUCUCUGGUAAUAGUUUUUUGAGCUAUACUGCCGACGAGAAACGUACUCGUUUUUCAUCGUCUGUUCGCACUAUCCAACCGGAUGGAAUUCUUAUGUAUGGCGAUGGUGAUGAAGACUUCAGUGUUCUUGAGGUUAAAGACGGCUACUUACAGUAUAGAUUUGAUUGUGGUAGUGGUGAAGGCCUGCUAAAAAUUUCUUCCCCCAAGAUCAACGAUGGCUUGUGGCAUGAUGUUAGUGUCAGUCGUGACAACAAUGAGGCUACUUUGACAUUAGAUGGUAAACACACUGUAUCCGGUACAGCUCGCGGACAAAACAAAGACCUUAACAUUGACCGAAUCACCGUUGGAGGAAAAGUUGGUAGUGACAGAAAACGUAGAGAAAGAGAUACAACAGUAGUGACCAAUGGCUUUAGAGGAUGUAUGGAUGGCGUUAAUUUGAAUGGAGAACAGCUUACUGCAUCUGGUGAUAGCGAAGACUCUGAUAACAUCGGCGAAUGUCCCGAGGAUUUCCCUCUCCAUUGUGACAGCAACCCAUGCCAGAACCAAGGCCAAUGCAACAAGCUAACAUAUAGUUUUGAGUGCAUAUGCUUAACAGGUUGGCACGGACCACAAUGUCAAUUCCGUGAUAAGUGUCUUAAUAAUCCAUGUCAGAAUGGCGGCACUUGCAUGCGGAAUGGAGAUUCAUUUACGUGCAGCUGCUCAGGAAAUAAUUUUGGCGGAGUUCUUUGCACAAACUACUGCUCUAGUUCGCCUUGUCUGAAUGGAGGGUUGUGCUACGAGGAUCGUUCAGGGCCAUCAUGUCUCUGCGAGAACUACAUUGGAGAAAGGUGUGAAUCUGACAUUGACGAGUGUGUAUCGAACCCAUGUGAGCUCGGUUUUGUAUGCAUCAACAUUCCGGGUUCAUAUGAAUGUAAAGACUGCCGCCAAUCAUCAAAUUCAGAUUGUAACGUUGUGGACACAGUCGCAGAUCCAAAUAUCAAAUCUUCUGUUUUAAACUUCAACAAGGAAGAAAUCAUUGGAGCUGGUCUCUGUAUAUUUGUGAUCAUUGUUAUAGUUAUCAUCUUCACAAUCGUAGUAAGACGUCGCCGUAGACGCCGUUACUCCGAAACCGAUUCCACCAGCCCGCCAGUGACAAGGUUAGACAACAGGCACGACUACAAACGUGACAAGGUCUCAAAUCUUGAUGUUCACCACGUUGUUCACAAUCCGCCACCUGUGCCCAUACGUCCACGUUCAUAUACGCCAAGUAAUCAUAACUCGUUGAAUAAUCUGAAUGACAACGAGCGUUAUUACGACGGUCACGAUGGACAGAAUGUAUACCAGGGUCUACCGGUUAGUCAGCAACCGUCACUGCACCCUAUACCAUCCAAUUCUGAUAGUGAUUCAAUUGCCAAACCGCACUGGGACUUUGACAACCGUAGCGGCACUGGAAGCUUUGCUGAUGGUAAAGAGAGUCAUCACAAUAUUCCAGUGAAUGUACCCCCGAUUCAUCAGCCACCUCCCCCAGUACGUCCGUCCGUUCGACACCCUGUUUACCGGAAAGAGGGCUUAGGUAAUGCUGACCUAACCUCCAUGAGUUCAAUUAAUACAGCAGUUACAGAGAACGAUGAUGAGAGUCUGCCAGCUUCAAAACGACGGAUGCAGGAGAGACUAAACAGCAUUAAGGAGGAGCAAAAACGUGCUACGCUUCCCCAAAUGUCCACAGCAGAGGCUCAAACCAGUCCACAAGAGCAAAUUGAAACCCUCUUCCCUGCCUCAGGCUCGCCAUAUUCAUCUCCUAUUCAUUUAACUCGAUCCGACGUUGGCGGGCAUACCGUGCUCCGUCCUAGUCCAGAGAUCAUUUUAAUAAACAAUACAAACCAGCCAUCAACUCCGAAAAGUCAGAAAGUGCUGCAAACAUUUGCACCUCUUGUAGAAAUGGAUGGGUACAUUAAGCAUAAUGAAGCCUCGGCACUUGUCGGUUGUGCCGUUGUUAAAAGCCCCGACAAAGUACGUAACGCUUUAAUUAUACGAGGCUCCCCUGAUCUACAAAGUGACAUUUGGAAGUUACAAAAUGGGGAGUACAGUGAUGACGAGACCCUGUGGGUACCCCAGAAUCCUAAUGUAUCAGAAACGGAUACACUUCCACAUGGCGCAACCCUUCAGCAACAAUCCUCAGAACAGAACCAAGAAGCGCACGAAUUAGUCGAUCAUUUAUGUUAUGACAACGUCCCUGUAGGAUUCAAAGACAACCCGAAUAAAGAAACAACUUUUUCUAGUCCCACAAUGAAACCCAAGGUCCUUGACUUGGAAGACGGACAAGCAGGAUAUGCAUCAUCUUGUAACGGUAGUCCAAUAUGGAAACCUCAACCACCAUUAGCAUUCUCAGACCAUGCCAGUACACUACCGCAUGGUGUUACGAUCCCCCAGUGUAUCGAUACAGAUAGUCCAAGUAAACAGAAUUCACAAUCAGGGAUUCUACCCAUUCUCAAGAAGAAUAAAAGAAGUAAAAGUUGCCCAGAUAUAAUUGGUAACACCUUAAAAGAUAGUGGUUCUAAGACCGUGCGAUUUAACAUGCAACCAGAAGUGACACAGUUCUUAGUAGAAGACACCUUCGCUGGAGAUUCCAAUGGGAGUCCUGAUCAAGAGAAUUUCUAUUCAGAGAUUUCACAAGAUGAACAGGAGACCAAUAGUCAGACACAAACCGUGUUUGAUGCUGAUGGCCUCACCACUGAACAAAGGACCAACGGCCAUGUGGAGACCAUGUUUGACUCUCCAGCACCAACAUUUACCGCGGACCAAGGGAUGGAGACUGAGUUUGAUGCUGAAGGGUUGACCACACGAUGCCACUCCCGUGGUCAUGUAGAGACCGAGUUUGGCACCCUUGAGCGAGGUACUACCGCACGUAAUAGUAAUAACGAUAGUAAUGGAGGGAGCCCUUUCUCACAUCAAAACAGGCCUCCUAAUUACCCUAGUCCACCUAUGUACCACAGUAGCUCCCCUCGCGUUACAGCGGAUACGCCCUUGUUGACUGGUUCGGAAUCCUCUGCUGGAGUGAUCGAUGCUGUUUGCCAGACAGACAGUGACGAUGAUGAUGAUGGGGCGGAGCCAUUGUUACCAGAGAGGCAGCCAGAGGUACAACACAUCCUGACAGUUUCUUCUACCCCACACUUUACCUGUGUAGAUUCUUUGAAUGAACAUUGUCCUUCUGUCCAUCGAGGGUCGCAAGUCAUAAGAAUCAAAGGAUAUCACUGGGAUUGUUCGGAUUGGAUGCCUCCGACUUUGACCAAAAUACACGAAGAUGUAAACCAAAAAGAAGUUCCAGACUCACCGACCAACUUGUCCGUCAACACUACAAUGUCACAGAUGAACGAUUUUGACUUAGAUGAUGAGUACGUGGGAGAGGAUACGGAUUAUCCGGGAGAUGAUGACAUGCCGUAUCCACACACGGAAGAAUUCCAAAAACAACUUCAAAGCUACCCUCCAAAUAUUUCUCCGCAGAGCACAAGACAUAACGAUAGCAUGUCAGACCUGCCGCGACAGUAUUACCAACAUCCGAAUAUGUAUCUCCCCGGUCACCACAUGUCCGCGGCAUCGAUACCGCCUCCCGAGUACAAUGGACAGGAGGAAUCGCCUAAGAAACGAAGUGUACCACUGAUGGGAAUGGGCGUUAGAGCGGGUGAUUACGAGAGAACAUUGUCUAAUAUGGACAACGCAUCAAUGUCGGCGUAUACAUCAAAUGCUUCCUGUUCGGACGUGUCUGGGAUGUAUGAGCCUGAGAGUGAAAUUGGAUUGAGUGACUGCGAGAGCGAAACUGAUGAUCGAUUUUCAACACAUUUAUCAAAUCUCACAACGGAUGUUUGACGUUGCUAGCAUAAAGUUUGACAAAUCCUAUUUUAUUUGGAUACUGAAAUAGUGUGAGGUGGCAGUGUAAGCAUGUGUGUGGAAGAGAUAAUCAAACCUGGAUGAAAAUCGCAUCCAAAAUUAUGUUUUAAAAGUGUAAUUUAAAAUUAUUUGAUGUUAUAACUUUUUGCAAUAUGGAGGUCAGAAACAAGUUUUGAUGCUUGAAUUUGAGGACUGGCAUUAAUCUCUUGGUAAUAUACUGUAUAAUCUUUUUCUAUAGCAUGCAUAAUAUUCAAAGGUUUAGAUAAAAAAAAAACCUUUGAAAAAAUAAGAAGUUACAAAAGGACUUUCUGGUGUGGAUGUUAAGUGUUGAUACUUAGUUCCAGAGGGACUAUCUGUAAAAA